CAACGCAACUUUCCAAGUAUAUCCGCCAUGAUGAUUACGGCCCGAUUUUGGGAUUGUCUUUUUCUGUCCUGUACAUAUUUAAUUCGCCAUUCGCUUACUCCACAACUAUUGAGCAUGCCCGAAACGACCAGCGAUUGUUGAAUCGAGCGUUUUCGAUUCGAUAUCAGUCUCAAACAUUAUCACGUAGUAACAGGGAUAAAACGCGUUAAUCGGGAAAAAGAACAAAUUUAAUUUUUGAUUUUUUAUAUGUACAUGUGAAGUGUAAUCAGUUUGUUGGUUGAUAGUUUAGGUAAUGUUAUUUGUUCGGUUAAAAACAAUUUAAAAGUUGGAUAACAAGUGAAGUGGCUUGAUCUGUCAAUGGCGCUUGAGUAACCUACUUCAUCUGAUAUUGAAAGGAUACAAAUAGUUUAAAAGUGCAAUAAAAGAUUCUGGAUAUUGUGGAAAGUUUUCUUUAUACUGAACGUUAAUACUGAAGAAUAAAAAGUGUCACAAGGGCACAUUUAAAAAUUUUCUUGGCUGUCCAAGAAAAUUCCUUGAUUAAAUGGUGUUCUCCUGACAGGGUGUAACCUUUCUAACCUCUCAGGAAACCGAAGAAUAAAAGGUUUUUAUCAAGAUUGUGGUACCGAUACCUAUUUAACAAGGAAUAAAAUCCCUUUGAAGUAUUUUUAGACAUUUUACUGACGCUAUGGAGCGUGAAUCCAACCCCAUGCAGGCAUUAUGCCGAUCCGGAUGCGGAUUUUAUGGUAGCCCCGCAACGGAUGGGCUGUGUUCACUAUGUUUCAAGGAGAAUUUGAAAAAAAAACAACAAUUACCUAGCACCCCAGCUAGUCUAAGCGCUCUAAGAGAUACGGCAGCACACCCUACCAUUAGUCAUAUUCCAACCCCGCCAGUAACAGAUCUUCCUACUGAUGUCUCUGAAGAAUGUACGAAUACGGCUUCAGCAGCGGCUAUUGCUGCUGGCAAUGCAGCUGCUGCAGAAACGAUUGCUGCUGAAGCAGCGGCAGCAGCCGCCUCCACCGGUGAUGCGGACACCAGUAACUGUAGUGAAGAUAAAGAUGGUGAUAAAGAUGUCAAGAAAAAGAAAAAUCGGUGUGCCACCUGCCGUAAGAAGGUUGGCUUAACAGGCUUUGAAUGUCGUUGCGGAGGACUGUUUUGUGCCAUCCAUCGAUACAGCGAUAAACACGACUGCAGCUUUAAUUAUAGAGAAAUGGGAGCCCAAGAAAUUCGACGCAACAACCCCGUCGUGGUAGGAGAAAAGAUUCAAAAGAUCUGAGCCCCGCCGCAACGUUAAAUAGAAGUAAAAGGCGUGUGCCAUGCGCCCCAUACCUCUCGGCAAUCAAUUGAGAACGGACUUUUAAAAAAUAUGUAUCAUUGUUCCGAUGGUCGGGGGUGCGAAUAGUGCAAACAAACAAAAAAAGACUAAUGUGAUUUAUUAUUAUACGGUACUUUUAUUUACAAUUUUGCCACUCAAUUUCGUCUUUUAGUUUUAUUUCCAUUUAAUAAAUCUAAAUAUAUAAAUAUAUGUCAUUUUAGCUUCUUUGUUGAUUGUACAUACAUAUUACUGGAGGGAUGCCGGGAUUGUUGUUGAUUAUUGGUUUCGGUUUUGUCUCAAAUUAUUUCAAUCUAAAAUAUCUGUUAAAUGAAUAAUUAAUUUACUAUAAAAAAGUUUGUAAAGAACCAUUCAAGGGGUUACAUCAAUGGCCCAAAUUAGCAAUUUUUGACUUGAAACAAGGUAUAUAACCUUGUUCAAUUGUACUAAUAAGUUAAAUUAAAAGAACCCACGAUUUAUAUGCAUGCAAAUAACAAUAUGUUUUUUAAUUUACUUGGCAUGAUGGACAAGAAAUAUAGCAAAACUAUUAACACAAAUAGAAUUUUUAUUUGUUAUUUAGUGAAUUGAUAACUACCUCUUUUUCAAUUGAGGUGAUGCAAUUAUUCACAUACCAAAUAUUUUGAGUAUUAAGAGAUAUUUUAAAGGAUUGGAAUCUAAAUUUUGCUACUGUAAAUUGCACUAAAUUAGUAAUUUCAAUAUUUUUCUAUAAUACAGAAUAAUUUAUUUUUAAUGGAGAGUUAUAAAAUAUGGCAUGUAAAUAGAACAAACAAAAAUAUCCACACUAACUUAUAUAAUUUAAUUUUCAACAUAACAUUCCUAAAAAUAAAACAAAGAAGAUUAUUACGGCUGUGCAAAUUACAGUUUAUUUAAAUUACCCAUUUACAUACACAAUAACUUUAUACAAUCCAGUUUUAUAUUUGGGAAUAUAUUCGAACAAAAUGUAUUUUUAUGUACCAUAAGCUGAAGACUAAACUGAAACCAAAAUCUUUGUUCCCUAGCCCACACGAAUUAAUGUUACAGGUCGUCAUGCAACGCCGCGCUCCUUUUACAAGCGAGUUGUGGGACAUCCUGUAUGUAGAUAUUAUUUACCUUUGGUAAGGGACACAUAGUGCCCUGGCUUCUGCAACUCUAAUCCAAUAUUAAUGUAGAAGUUUUUAUUUUUUUUUUAAUUAUGUCCCUGUUGGUCGGAGGUGGUACAAUAUAGGAUGAAGUUGAAUGAUUUUAAUAAUUCAUAAAAAAAUAUUCCAGUUUUAAUGGUAAUUUAUAUCAAUAAUUAUUUUUAAUAAAAGUAUGGGUACUCCUUAUAAAUGCCAAAUAUAUUAACCUUGCUAAUCUCCAGCUGUGCCUCAUCAAACAUUGACUGCCGCAAUUAAUGAUAAUUAUUGAGGUACCUGAAACAAUUUUAAAUAUCAAAAAGCUUUGCAAAAUAUUCACAGGCUACACCUUUUGAUCUCACUAAAAACUGAAAUUUACAGCUAUAUUAACUGUUGCUUCAAAAGGUUAUCUAGGUUGAAUUGAAAUUUCUGGAAUUGUUUGUGGUAUUUGUAUUGAACAGUCCACUCACAAUUACAUUGUCUGACAUGUGUUUUGAUAACUAAAGCAUAGUCUUCAGACAAAACUUUAUUAAUUUAGUAAUGAAAAUGCGCGUUACAUAGUGUAAUAAUAGUGUGUUUAGUAUUAUCUGGAAAAUUUUGAAUGCAUUCAUUAUUACUUGUUGACAAUUUCUUUAUCUUUUAUCCUACUUUUUCCAAUUCUACCUUCAAUGUAGCUGUUGAUUCCAACUUUAUCAGGAAAUUAAUUCGUAAUUAUUAUUAAGAGCUCAAAUUUCUAUUACGCCCUUUCUUGAUGUAUAAAUGAUUGUAACAUAUUUGGCUGUUUUGUAUUCCACAUACAUUUCAAAAUGAUGUACACUAUCAUUUUGUGACAUACUUCUGGAGUUUAUUUUUUUCAUGAGUUUUCCUGUUGCAUUGUUAUAGUUCGAAUAAAUAAUCGUGUUAAGUUAAUUUUUACAAUGUCUACUACUAGGAAAUAUUGAAGUUGUUUUUAAUAAAUAUUUGCAAAAUUCAUCGAAUAAAUUAGAAUUGUUGCCAUUUUAGUCUUAACAAAUCUGAAAAUAUCUAAUUGACAAAAUAAUUCAAUUUUUUAGACGAAAUUUUUAAAUAUAACUGAAAUUAUAAAUGACCUGCGCUUUGUAAAAUGCGGCUGUUACUAAAAUAUUUGGUUCAAUUUUUUCUUGUUGACUGAAUUUGACUGCCUCCGACUGGAGGGAAUAUUUAAAGGAACCAGGUUAAAAUUUAGUUUUUGUUGAGCAAGUUUAUUUUAAUGUGCAAAUAUAGGCAAAGUCUCUGAGGAGUUGAUAUUGCAGGUAAGCAAAAUCAUUCGGUGGUUGGUGGAAAUUUGAAUUACCAAAAAUGUAAAAUAUAAAACUUUUUUGUAUUGAACACCGUUGAAAAGUAAAUGUGAAGGUAAUUUGAUAUUGUUUUUCUUUCAAAUUCUGCUUUUUUACUAUCACUUUUCUAUCAUUGUAAAAAGACCAAGAGCUUGUAAAACUAUUAUUUAAGACAAUUUGAACUUCUCAGUUUUUAUCAAUAAUUGUAGUAAAUAUUGAAUAUAUCUGUUACACUGUUUAA